UGGACCGGUAGACUGAACAGGUUGUUAAGCUGUUUGUUUUGUACAGGCUUGUAGGAGGCGAUGGAAAACAGAUCAUACAGAUACGAGAUCCUCAGGAUUGAAGGAUUGCGGAUCACACCUUACUCCGCUUAUCCGGUGUUCGUUCUUCUUUUCCUGAUCUAUGUGUUCAUUAUGGUAUCGAACAUUGGCAUUGUCAUGAUGAUAGCAAUGCAGAAAUCUCUUCACAAACCAAUGUACCUUCUCUUCUGUAACCUCCCUGUGAAUGAUGCACUCAAUGCUACCGUUGUACUUCCUGGUUUACUCAAAUACAUCUUGGUGGAAUCUGACAGGUAUAUCAGCUAUGCCGCUUGUGUAAUUCAAGCCUUUGGGGUUCACACAUUGAGCACAAAUUCCCACACUAUAUUAAUAACCAUGGCUUACGACAGGUACGUGGCCAUAUGCGAGCCGUUACGAUACCACACCAUAAUGACUAACAAAAUGGUUGUAGGUCUGUCUGUAACAGCAUGGGUGACUUCUACUGUCAUGAUCUUGAUCAUAUUGGCCCUCACUAUAAGGCUCUCUCAUUGUACUUCAAUGAUAUCAAAUCCCUACUGUGACAAUCCUUCUCUGUUUAAACUUUCUUGUGAGGAUGUGUCUUUAAAUCAGAUCGUUGGUUUAUUUCUCUCUGUCGUGUUUUGGAUUAUCUCGGUAUCGUCGAUCAGUCUGACUUAUCUAAAGAUCGCACAGGUUUGUCUAAAAAAUCGAAACAGCACACUGAAGAGCAAGGCUAUAAAAACAUGCAGCACCCAUCUGAUUGUGUAUCUCAUUUUCUUUGGAUGUGGCUGUACUGUGAUCAUUUUGCACCGUUUCUCAGCUCAUGAGGGACUUCGAAAUCUGGCCAGUGUCUUAAUUUAUGUUAUUCCUCCAAGCCUCAACCCAGUCAUAUACGGCCUUCAAACCAAAGAAAUAAGACAUGGGAUUGAGCAGAUGUUCCUGAGAAGGAAAGUCCUUCCAGGAUGA